AUGCACACGGUGGCUGAGAAGCAGACGUCGCCGGCCAGGCAGGCAGUCACCCUUGGCGUAGGGUCCAAUCACGAUGUCAAGUCAUGGACCUACGUGAUUCUCCUCAUGUUACAACACUCUCUUCAGUCACAGCCGUCAUCAAACCCCGACAGAUAUGAGCCAUUGUCUGGCAUUGUGGUGAUUGAAGUAGCCAAAUUCAUCAUCUCCCUACUGGUGAUUGUACAGUCAGAAACAACCGCCUCCAUUCGGAGUGUUGCUCAGGGCACAGUCCUCAACUUCUCUAAUGAUGCCACUGCCGCAGCACUGCUCUUCACUGCCGCGACGAUUCUUCAAAGUGUAGGCGCACACUAUCUUGACUUAAUUCCAUAUCUUGUCUUGUCCCAGCUCAAGACCAUCGUCACACCUCUGUUUGCACGAAUCAUCCUGCACCAGAGGUACCCGCUCCGAAACUGGCUGUUCAUCGCCAUGAUGGUGCUGGGCAUUGUGCUUGCUCAACUGGGCGCUGGCUCGGCCAAGACUAGUACUCAGGGCUUCAGAACCCAAGCCAUGGCCCGCGGAGCCAUUGCCAUGAUUCUGGCGGGGAUUUGUGUGGCACUAGGAAGUUUGAGUAUUGAGAGAACACUGAAAAAGUCGGGCCUGCUUUUCCACUGUAACGCCCAAUUAGCUGCGUACAGCUCCUCCUUUGCAAUGCUCUACUUUUGCUGGCAGACCAAGUUCGACUUUGAUCACUUCUUCCGGGGGUUUGACGCUUUGGCUUGGAUCUAUAUCGGGCUGCAGGUCUCGGGGGGUUUCAUCGUGGCCAAGUGUGUGCAGAUGACCAGCACGGUUACGAAAAACUACGCCCAGGGAUUGGGGUUUGCUUUGGCUGUCUUCACUCCUCCGUUGGUUGCGGGUCAACAUAUUUCUUUCCAGCUGCUGAUCGGCGUUGGGUUGAUUCUCGCUUCGGUACUUGGAUCCUCGGCAUCUAACCAAAGAAAACCCGCGACAGAAGAAGUGCCGUCUGAAAAGAGCUCUCUACAAGAGCAUGUUUAA